CCCGCAGACGUCCUCAUUACUGCAACCUUCACCCGAUUUGUCAGCUUCCGACAUCACGCCACCCAAUUCCUGACUCGACAACCUCUCCUUAAUUUGCAAGUCCUCUCCGAAUAUUCAUUCUGUGGUGCUGUGGCGCAUUCUAGGCGUCACAGACAAAACGUAAGAUUAGUAAUUGCGCCAACGGACAUUCGUGUAAUCAGGCGAUUGUUGCAGUUGACGAAAUGUAACACACCAGAGAAUGGAAGUGCUUAAAGCCUCUGAGUUAAGCAUGUCCCUUCACCCCAUGCUCCGCACGCAAUCUGCCCUAAAUACGAUGUCUUCACGCUGUUUAAUCUGUCGACUGAAACGAAAGGGAUGUGUCGAGUCCCCGGAUUCCCCUUCCUGUGUUUCCUGUAGCAGGAUGCGGGUCGAAUGUAUCCCCUGCUCGAUCAGGAUUCCCAGUGCAGUCAAGAGAUCGGCUAGGGCCCGGGAGUGUUUGCUUGAGGCUAAAAGUCUAGCCGAGCCUAGGCGCACAUGGAUCGCACGUCUCCCAAAGGCUCGCAGGUUUAUUCGAAGCCUGCAGCCACUCUUUGAAGAUUCAUCAGGCCAAGGUGCAGCUGAUGAAGAAAAUCCCACCGAGCCCACUGACUCGCUAGAAGCGUCACCGUCUACAACAGUGUUUUCAGCGAACUAUGUUGACACCACGUCACCUAUUAAUAGGCCUCCCCAUACAUUUCUAAUAGGAACAUCCACGCGUGAAGGCAACUUCGAUGAAGAACCCUUGGUGGAUCUCCACGCACAAACCCUAUUCCCUCCUUUCCAACCUUCGAGUGAAAGAUUCGCCCCCAUUUGCCCCAUUCUACCUGACAUGAUGCCAUGCUUCCCUUCAUUUGCCCCUAACUUCGAAAUGACUUCCCACUUCGAGAAUUCAAUCCCUAUGUUGUCGGACGCAUUCCAUCAUCCCGCGAUCCCUGACCAGCUUUCUGUACCUGACCCUUCUUGCAUAUGCAAUUUGGUACCCAACAUUGCUGUAUUCGAACCUCCGGAUUGUCCACAGGAUAGGCGGAUGGUCGAGAAGUUGGAAGAGGAUGUUGUCUAUUGGCUUCGAGGCCUGACCCAGAGGCUAGGAUAUUUCCUUGUGCCUCUUAAUCCACGUGCGCAGUGGCGGUUCUUUCGACUUAGUUUGCCGUGUGGGGUGACUGCUUGCCUAUCAGUAAUGGUCUUCCGAACUAUUCUCGUAUCAUGCGUAGAAUCGGGAACCCGAAUACUUAAGCGCCCACGUUCUCCAUUAAUCAAAUCGGUUUGGGUGAAUUGCACGCCUUUGUCCCCUCUGCUACUGGGUCUUACAUUGGGUACUUUCCCUUGACAACGAAUAAUGUGACAUGCAUGUUAGCGAACCAUUCGGGGAUCCAGAAACCCAUCACUU